GGGAAUGGGAAGUCACAAAUGAACUAAACUUUGUCUGGAGAACAUCAUACAUACGAACACUACAAUUGCACAAGCACAUCAUUUCUCAACAAAACAACAAUGAAACGCUUACAUGUGGAUAACUACGUUCCGAAAUACUAUAGCGGCAAGUGGUCCUGGAACGCGGAGAAAGAUUGUCUCCACUUCGAACCGCACAAUGAUCUAGAAGACGCCAGGGAGCGAUACAUCAUUACCAACGGGUACAGGUUCUUGAGGACCAUGGACCAGGAGGAGGAGAUUAUCUUCCGGCAGGAGUAUGUGCGAGCCAAGAGCACCUUUGACGGUGAUACCGUUAUAAUCGAAGAUAUAAAAGAUCUGGUCCUAUACAUGAUGCCACCCGAAUUUUUGACCUACAAAUUUGUACAGUUUAUGUACGAGCCGCAGGUGGAUGAACUGAUCCAUUCCCUCAUUAUAUACUUUGAGUACUACGUGCGCAUGGUCGAGUUCGUGCUGAUUCGUCGCGAUGAGAUCUCCGGCCAGAUGGCCCAGAUGCAGAGUGAGCAGACCAACGACAUGAAGCGCACCUUGUCCGUAUACUUGUCCCAGUAUCGCAUGCUGGUGGCCCGCAACUACUGUGAGAUUAUUAGAGGCAAAGAAAAUAUGGCCAAGUUCUACCAUCUGAAUGUGGUCACCAAAAUCUCCGCCACGAUCCGGGACAAGUUCUUUCACGAGCAAUUCCUGACCGUUCUCGUCCAAAUAGUCUGGAUCGCCAUGCAUCGCCGAGCGUACUUCGCCAUCGAAAUGGAAAUGAAUCGCCUGUUUCGCUCCGAGCACUUCGUGUCCGCCCACGACAAGUAUCCCGUCUUCUCCGCAACGGAGCGUAGUCUUCUCUACGGCAAGAACAGCAAGAACGUCAACUAUCGUGCCCAGGAAUCGCCUUUGAUCCAGGAGCUAAAGCUCGUUCCUCCAGCGGACCUGCCCAUUUUGUGGAUAGGGAAGCGCAUGUACAGAGGCACAGACAUUCGCAUUGCCGAGAUGGAACUGGAAUAUAUUGUGCCCGGACCCCAGCUUUGCCUAAUCGAUGUGGCCCACGGUAUUCUGGGACAUCCCAAGUACCUGUACAACACCCUUCUGAACCUCGAUUGGCCUGCUGUGCGUUACUCCAACUUUACAGAGCAGAACGAUCCGUACCACAUAAUCAGGCGACCGAACUUGACGAUUCCGAAAAUGAAUUGCCUCCAUAUGCGUAAGAUGAACGAGAGAUACGAGAGCUUCUACAAGAUAAAAAAGGUUGUUAAGCCUUGCAGUCAUCAACGUAUUUCCAAGUGGCUCAAGCGCAACACGCUUAUCGAGUUCCUUCGGUCUGGAGGUCUCUUCAAGAAUGUAGUCUCGCGCGCAGAAAAGGAGUUGACGGACAAAAGCAUCGGGCCAAGGGUGGAUCAGAUUGUGUCCCGUUACUUCAAGGUUAUUUCCACCAUACGCAAGGGUGAUGCGAAGGAAGAUGACAGAGUUAGUGUUUCGGCCAGUAGAUAUUCGGUCAAAAGCAACAAAUCAUGACAUUAGUCACAUUUCUAAUGCAAUUUCAGCAUAUAAUGCUUUCAUACAUAACUAUAUAUAAAUAUAUGUUUUUUAACACCAA